AUGAGCACGCUUCUCCAUGACUGGGAUGAAGGCUCUAAAAGUAAACGCAAGAAGCUCCUCGAAUGGUUUUGCAGCAAUUUUGAUCCUACACAGAAUGGUGGUGGACAGCUCGAGAGCGAAUACGGCGCAGACAUCGCUCUCUUUCUGCCACGUCUCCUGUCGUGGAUGCAUAAAACAGUAGCAAGCGCCAUGUGCACCAGCAACGAUACCUGCAAUGCCACGAGUAAGCCAGGAAAAGUAAAGUGUUUUGCGCUGACGGAGCAAGUGGCUUGCCUUCACGUUGUCUUCGGGUCAGCAAACGCGCACGAAUACUAUCGAGAGUUCCAACAUGCUGACGGUCUUCAGUUGGUGUUGAAAAUUGUGGCCAUCUACGGGACUGCCCCUCAUUCCCAAACACCUCUUGUGUCGGUCACCGACCGAGAAACGUUGUUUCGCAUCAUCCUGCGGAUCUCCAAGAUGAGUCGGCAAUGCAAGGAGGACAUUAGUUGUCUUGAUGGCGAACUAGCUGUGAUUCGCGGGGUUUUGGCUAGUGGUGAGAUUAAUGAUUGGAAAGCGGAGUCGCGUGUGUGGACUCUUUGUCGCGAGAUCCUUCUUGAGCAGCUCGUAGGCAACCCUAACAGUCUGGACCGAGCUCACGAGGCAGUUGCAUUCAUGCUAAGGCACUCUGAAGUUCGUCUUCGACUCUUUGGAGCACAGGUUCUUCGUGAGUUAAUCUCCGAAAAAUCAUUUUCCUUUGACCCCGAGUAUCGACGACGGAAGGAGUACGAUCUUGUACCUCUUUGUCUGUCCCUUCUCGAGUCGGCCGAUGUCUACCUUCAGCAUGAGAGCCUCGAACUUCUCCACGCUCUACUGCAAUCGAAACAUUUACAGGAGACUAUUUGUGAGAAGCUCGUUCGCCUGGUUGGAGACAGUGCCAAGGCACUGGAUGCCAAAGUUGAGGAGCGAUUCGCCUUAAUCGAAGAUACCACAGAGCAUGAGACCUAUGCCCACCUCCGAUCAGCGUUCACUGCGGCUUCCCAAGCCGUUAACACGCUAAUGAACUCGAACCGUAACAUGCUACCGAUUCUGGUGGAUCGAUAUGAUCUCCUGACUCCUCUAGCAUUUGUGCUCGCUGUUGAGCGACCUCACUCACUAAAAUGGCACGCCGCUGCGAUUAGUAUCCAAUUCAUUAUUUCGCACUACUACCCGGGAGCGGCUCCUUUAAUUGGUGAGUUAUUCGAGGUUUCAGUAGACGAACUUCUCGAAUGGAAAGACAAACGAGGGGAUGAUGGCACGAUGCUCGCUGAGUUUCUAUUAGGCGAUGAAGAUCAUCGAAGUCACCUUGCUCUCCUAUUUUACCAGCGCCAAUGGUAUCGCCCAUUAUUUCCGAGAAAACAGUUCGAGCAAGCGGAUUCUGAUCGCAUUCUCAAUGACAUUGAGCAAAAUGUCGAGACAGCAGCACGCGACUACGUUCCUGAGCUGCAAGUCCAAACACGAGUAGGAGAGAACUCCGACGAGACGGAGGAAAUGGACAUCCUGGAGGCGCAGCGUGAGCACCACUUGCGCGUCCAAUUACAGAAGCAUUUCGCUAAGUUCCGCCACAUACCGACAGCAGUAACGACCACCAGCAGCAACUAG